AUGGAGAAUGGACAAAGACCAUUUUUCUUUUCCUUCUCACUUUCGCGGCCGCGGUUCAUCAGUUUGGGGACGGUGACGACGACGACGGAUGGACGGGAAAAAGGAAGGAUGGAGGCGGCGGCGCGAGGCAACACGAUGAGGACGGGAUCUGGGCAGCGACGAGGAAGGGAUCUGGAUGGGUGCGACGCGACGAGGAAGGAUCUGCAUGGCGGCGAGGAAUAG